AUGGAGGUCUUAUUGCGAGAUAGUACAUUCGGCCGAAUUGUCAACUACCUCUCCAAUGGCAAACUCUUUCCGGCACCAGAUCACGCAAAAACGAAAAGUGAAGUGACGACAAGAGAAAGUCCGUCGCCUACUUCUUCAGAUACUCUUGGCCUUAUCCUUGUGGAUUUUACCGGGCCCGAUGAUCCCGACAUGCCCAGAAAUUGGCCAAUGUUGACCAAGACUAUUGUCAUGAUUGAUGUGAUGUUAUUAAACUUCAGUUUCUACGCGGCAUCGGCAAUUUUUACGCCAAGUAUUCCCAUAAUUGAGAAGGACUUCGGUGCGACAAAUGCGGAGGGAACAUUAGGACUCUCCCUCUUUGUCAUUGCAUAUGGCAUUGGGCCUCUCAUUCUUUCUCCACUGUCGAACUUACCCUCGAUUGGACGUACUCCAGUAUAUGUCCUUGGCUCCCUUGCAUUCUGCCUGUUUAAUAUCGGGACUGCUCUCGCCAAGAACCUGCAAACCAUACUAGUUCUACGGUUUUUUGGAGGCCUAGUUGGAAGUGCCCCUAUUAGUGUGGGAGGGGCUACUCUGAUGGAGGUCUUUCAGCCUAACCAGUGCCCGUAUGCAAUUGCCCUGUACGCAGUCAGUGGGGUCUGUGGGCCUAUUUUAGGACCUAUUCUUGGAACUCUUGCGGUUGAGCGCUGGCAAACAUGGACCGCGACUCUAUGGCUUAUAUCAGGCGUCACGGCAUUCACGACAGUAUUCAUAUUCUUCUUGUUGCCCGAGACAUUGUACACCAAUAUCCUUUUACGCCGAGCACAAAGGCUACAUAGACAAACGGGAGACCCUGCAUAUCAAAGUCAGGCCGAGUUAGAUACACCAGGAGCAAACCUUGCUGUGCGCAUCGUUAGACAAACAGUGGAUGACUUCAAACUAUCUUGCACGGACCCGGUAAUACUGUUUGUCAACAUGCAUACGAUGCUCAUUUACGGCAUACUGUACCUAUGGUUUGAGUUCUUCCCAUUCGUGUUCGAUGGAAUCUACCAUUUCACUGCCAUCCAACAAGGCCUUGCAUUUUUUGGUAUUCUCGUCGGCGCCGUAGUGUCCGUCAUUGUAUACGCGCUGUGGCUAUAUUUUUCAUACCAGCCACGAGUCGCAAAUUCAGAUAUCAUUGUGGAGCCUGAGGCUCGCCUAGUCCCCGGUCAAAUCGGAGCAGUCUGCAUUCCGAUUUGCCUCUUCAUAUUCGCAUGGACGUCGAGAGAGAGCGUGCAUUGGAUCGCCCCCAUCAUUGGAACUGCCUUCUUUGCACCAGGCUUUUAUCUCACAUUCCAGUCUGUACUCAAUUAUCUUGGAGAGUCUUAUCCAAGGUACAUAGCCAGUGUAUUUGCUGGAAAUACCUUCUUCCGGAGCUCAUUCGGCGGUGCUUUGCCUUUGGCUGCUCCACAGAUGUUGAAGUCGCUUGGUAUUGGAUGGUCGUCGAGCACGUUAGGCUUUAUUUCCGUUGCAAUGCUCCCCUUACCUUUUAUUUUGGAGCGGUAUGGAAAGCGUCUACGCUCGUGGAGCAAGUAUGCCAACUAG